UUUUUCUGUUGCCUCUGAGCGUCCACAGCAGCAGCAGCGGCGUAGAGUGAACCAGCUCUUCGCAUAUUCACUCUUUUUUCUUUCAGUUUGACGUUUAAUUGUCUCCUCAGAAGUGGUUUCGAUCUAGUUAAACCUCAAGGACUCGACGGAAAAGAACUAAGGACGUGUGGGAGCUCGGAGUUUUGACAACCAUCCCCCUUUUGGUCUGCCUCCAUUCGGCUUGUUAGCCAAUUUGUCUUCAGAGAAAUUUUCUGCGGUGCAAGGAAACAUGAGCUUUUUAUUUGGAGGCCGUGGAAACAAAACGUUCAAGCCCAAGAAGAAUAUCCCGGAGGGUUCUCAUCAAUACGAGCUGUUGAAACAUGCAGAGGCCACGCUGGGAAGUGGAAACCUGCGCAUGGCAGUCAUGUUGCCUGAGGGGGAAGAUUUAAAUGAAUGGGUCGCAGUCAACACUGUGGAUUUUUUCAACCAGAUCAACAUGCUGUAUGGCACCAUCACGGACUUCUGUACGGAGGAGAGCUGUCCAGUCAUGUCUGCCGGGCCAAAGUACGAGUAUCACUGGGCGGACGGAACCAACAUCAAGAAGCCCAUCAAAUGCUCCGCUCCCAAGUACAUCGAUUACCUCAUGACCUGGGUGCAAGACCAGCUCGACGACGAGACGCUGUUCCCUUCAAAGAUCGGCGUCCCCUUCAAGCGUAACUUCAUGUCGGUGGCGAAGACCAUCCUGAAGCGCCUGUUCAGGGUCUACGCUCACAUCUACCACCAACACUUUGACUCCGUCAUGCAGCUGCAGGAGGAGGCCCACCUCAACACAUCCUUCAAACACUUCAUCUUUUUCGUUCAGGAGUUCAACCUCAUUGACAGGAAAGAGCUGGUCCCACUACAGGAGCUGAUUGAAAAACUGACAACCAAGGAUAGAUAAACACCAAUGUAAUCCUUGUUUUAUUGUUCUUCUAGUUUUUGCACAGAUACCCACCCCACCCUGGCUGUAUGUAUGCAGUAUAUACUAUAUUUCCAUUUGGGGAAAUGUUUUUAAUAAGGCCAGGAAGCAGGAAGGGUCUCGAUAGGUUUAUGGCACCAGGACUAAUGCUAUCAGGGAUUACACACUUAAUUUGAACAAAACUACAGAUUAACACAACAGACAAAGGCUUUAGCUCUAUGGAGAGAGAAAAAAAUCCCAGUAUUCAAGUCGUGGCUUACAUUUAGGACAAGGUACACGUACAUUAUGCUCACUAGUUUUCUACUAGACUCCACAGAUUCUCAUUCUCUUGGAUUCGUGGCACAUGUGACAUUUUCAUGCUUUUCUAUUUUUUAUUUUUUCCUGUUACUCCCAGCUCACUCACAGGCGAGAAUAGUGUGUAAGCGAAGCAGUGGCUGUAUCAUAGGGUGUUGUUGGUGUGAUAGAAAGAAUUUAAGCCAGCAUUUAAGCCACCUCAACAAUAAUGGCUAGUUAUUUUAGUCCUGAAUACACAUACAUACAGAGAUAUAGAUAUAUAUAGAGAUAUAGAUAUAUAGUUGGUUCUGGGUCUUGGCUUUGAUACUAUUCACAUCUGUAACAGCUGAUAUCUGUCAAUACAAAGGAAAUCCUAAGUGCCUAGCAUGGCUCAUAAUCGCCCUCUAUAAACAGUGAGAAAUGUAAGACGCUAAAGGCCAUAUACCACUGAUACAAUUGACAGAAAUAUUCCACACCGUGUCGGUUUAGGUUUUUUUUUUUGUUUUUUUUUUUUGGGUCUAAAUUCCCUCUCACACCCUUUUUCUGUUUGACCUUAGGGCCACUCGGCGGCUGUAUUUAUUUCGAGUCUCUUUGCCAGGCGUUUCUGUGCAGGUUAUGAUAAAUGAAUGUGUUGGAAGAUAAAGACGUGAGGUGAGAACAUCGUCAGGUUGGUGAAAGUGACCGCGAGGCCAGCCGACAUGUUCCCCACAAACCGUAGUAGCGGCAACUUUUCGGAAAAGUCUCGGAGGGAUCUGCAACCAUAAAUUGUACAUAAAUAUCCUCAAAAACACCCCCGCGUCGGAGCUGCACUGAUGAAACAGGAACAAGCAUUUGGAAUUGGGUAUUGGUGCAUCCCGUGUUAUCUCACUAGCCAUAAAGCACUUUGAACAAUCCCCCCCCCCCCCCGGCCCGACCUCUCUUGCCUGAAUGUUUCUUCUUCAUAGACUGUGCUUUGUGAGAAGCUGUGUCAUGUGACUGAAUCGGCGUUCGCUCCCUCCCUCGUAUUUCCCCAAAUGAAUGUUGAAUGGCUUAACCUCCGAAAUCGGCUACAAGGCACAAAGUGUGAGAUUUCUUAUGCUUUUAUACCGUCUCAGUUGCGUGUUGCUGUGCGUCGAGCAGCAGAUGCAUGAACCCCCGCCCCCGCCCCCCCUCGGUCUCAAAGUGUAGUUUACUAUGCAAUAAUUGACAUGACACUAAAAUGGUUUCCGGUUGGCUCAUUCAUACUUUAAACCCAAUAUUGACCUUCCUUUAUAGUGCUUAAUUCAGGUGUGUGAUAAGAUUAGGAUUGCUUCUCUGUCAGCUUUAGUUUUAAAGUGAGCGACAUGAACGUUUUAUAUCUGAAACCUGUUGGAGAAGUGUGAAACUUCAAGGCACGCAUGUAAAUACUGAGGGUUAGAGCUGUCUUGACAGUGAUUUUCAGCAAAGCAUGGAGUGGUAGCUUUUGGUUUAUUGAAUGCAUCGAGUCUUUUUAGAGGCUGCUUUCUUCCUCCCCAUUUGGAUAUUAAAGAUCUUGUUUGUUUUUAAUCGUUUAGUAUCUUUUUUCCUCCCCUCACUUCCUUAGCCAACUACUAUGAAUGUUACUGCUCACCAGAUAUCCGAAAAUGUAAUAAAAGUCUGGUCAUCCUGAAAGCAUCUCAUCCUUAUGAAAUGCCCACAACAUAGCCUAUUGCCUACAGUUUUAUUUUUCCUUGACUGUAAUAAUUGAUGAAAUGUUUGUACAUAAUGGCUUGGUAGGGGUUUUCAAUGCUACUGAAUUGAUUUAUGCUGUUUACAAGGCAAAUAAAGGUGGUCUUGACUCUUUGAA